UCCUGGAUCGAGUGCAUGAUGGAGGAAAGCACCAGGUUCUCAAAAAUUCAAGCCUGGAACUUCAGGAGCCUCCGAUACCAGGAAGCUGAAGGUCCCCGAGGACUUUGCAGCCAACUCCACAACGUUUGUAGGCAAUGGCUGAGUCCAGAAAAGCACACCAAAGCCCAGAUGCUGGACCUGGUUGUUCUGGAGCAGCUCCUGUUCCUUCUACCCCCAGAGAUGGAGAGUUGGGUGCGGGAAUGUGGAGCAGAGACCAGUUCCCAGGCGGUGGCCCUGGCGGAAGGCUUCCUCCUGAGCCAGGCGGAGGAACAGAAGGAGCAGGUUGAGUUGGAGUGCUGCACUGUGGAGAUGAGAGAUACUGAGGGAAAGAAGAAUUCAUCAAAUCCCCCUCAGGAGCUAUUUUUCAGGAGGAUCCCUUGGGAAGACCAAAGUCGGGACACCUCAGGAGAGAAACAAAGAAUGAAGUUUUCUGGUUUUUCUGAUGAAGCUCAAAGACUGGUUGAACCUCCAAAUCAA